GAUGAUAUCCAAGUCCAGUAUCACCCCAACAGCGGGUGCCCUACACAAGUCUACCACUUCGAGGAUUAUAGAUGUGGCCCUGGUGCUCCAGCAGCACCUCCGAAAGUUGAUCCUGAGCCCUGGUGUCCAUUUCGCACUCAUAUUGACUUUGAAGUGGCCGAACUUGCUCAUGAGGCUGCGCUAACUCAUGAGCAGACAGACCGGUUCAUCAGACUUAUUCAUCGCAGUAGAUGCGAGUUGUUUACGCUUCAGAAUUGUAAAGACAUGAAGAGGUCAUUGUGCCCUUCCAAGGUGUUGAUCAGACCUUUCCGUUUUUUUCAUCACUCGCUAUGGGACUGGGCUGUGGACUUGCUUCAGGAUCCUGAAGUUGGUGCACAUUUUGUUUUCAAUGCCCAACAGCUUUCAAAGUUCAAUGGCAAGAAAUUUGUUUGGUAUAUUCACGAGCCUUGGACUGCUAAUGCCUUCUGGGAGCAUUCCCUCAAGGCUGGUUAG